GCGACGCCGGGGGGGUUCCGGGGUGGGGGAGGGAUUGUGGGGUCCGGGAGGAGGGUUAGGGUCUUUUAAGGGUUUGUUUCACUUCAUGAAACCGCCCUGUCUGGGACUGAGCUUGGUUGUAAAUAAUCCACUCAGUAAGAAGGGUCGUCCCAGUUAGGGCUUUCUGAAAGAGAGGAGGGGGCUGGGAGAGAAGUCUUAAGUACAUGGGGGUCUUUAUAGUAAAGAGGGCUCAGCGGGGUUGAUGCCAGCUGGCGACUGGCAUUGGGAAUCUCAAACAGGAAAUGGUCGAGAAGUCUUAGGGACUAGAAUCUUGCCCUGUUUUUAAAAGGGUGGGGGUUGUAUUUGGGCCAAGAGUCAGCAAUCUAGUAAAAAAAAGGGAGGGGGGAAAUCAGUGCGGUUGGUUGGUAGGGAAAAUUUAGGAGGAUAAUUUGAGCUGAGAUCUGAUUAUCUUUAGCAAUAGGAAGAUUGAUCAGUAGGGCAGUAGAGUGGCCUCAGGAAGGACUGGGUCUGUUUUGGGGUGAGGCUACACCCACCCACCCCAGGGCCCGUGUUUAGCAACUUCUUAAGAGAAAUUAUGAGCAGAGUGGUUUGAGACAGGUGGCAGUUCUAAGUUGGAUCUGAAGGGGAAUCGUGCAGCCUUGCUGGCAUUUUAAUUGCGGGCAGUUGCUGUCAGUCAGCCCUGGACAAAGACAAGGCUGUCAAAUCAGCCUUGCCUUUUCAAUUAGUUACCUUUCUUUGGGUUCCCAAGGCACAGAGAUGUUUAUACCUGAGUUCCUUGCAGCAGCAGCCCGACUCGCUUAGUGGAAUCAUGGUCCUAGUUUGAUGAGGAUCGAAAGCGGGGGUUGUGUGUUUGUUGUUAUUUCCUACUUGUGAGUGGCUAAAAAAAACACCCAAAUCUGCAGCCUUUAUCUUUUGAAGCUGCAUUUUAUCCUUCUAGGCGCUGUUUGUGGUGUGAGGUGCGUGUGAGAAAGGGUACCCUUAUAGUAACCAAAGCGAGGGUUCAGAGGAGUGGUUUUUCCUAGGAAGCGAGGUGGCUCUACAACACUGUCAAUAUGCCUAUGCACCCAAAGUCAGACCCCCGUUACUUUGUCGUGAUCCGGCCUCUGCCCAUCCCCAGCCAGAAAGGCCUCAAGGUCCAAGCUCGAAGCAACACCAUCUACAACUGCUGGGAUGUCACGAGAGAGCAGGUCUUCCGGGAGAAUUACCAUCGGAGAAUCAAACAGCUCACGCAACAAGGCUACUUUACUCCCAGCUGGAAGCCCUAUCAGGAUUUUGGGGAACCUCUUUACCUCGAUCCAAGGAAACUCACUCUCUACGGUCUCGGACAGCUCCCCCUGGGAUUCUUCAGAGAGGAUGUUGGCCCCGAAGAAGUGGCAGAACCAGUGGAACCAGUCAGUGCUAAGAAGCGGAAACCAAAGGAACCUGAGAAGAAGCUCCUGCCUUUUAGAAACUUAGAAAAGGACCUGAGGACCCUCCAUAAAGACCUUGCACACACAAGGUAUCUGAUCAACUCGGUGAAGAUUGGCCGGGGCUACUUCCAUAUGCUUCGCAGAGAAACUCUAGAGAGGCAGGAGGCACUCAGGCUGGAAGAGUGGAAAGAGGAGGAGAGGCUGAGGACUGACUGUCAGCCGCCGCAGUAUCCAUCCUCGUCGUCCUCUGAUGAAGACUCAGGGGAUGAAGAACUGACCGAUUUCUUUCUAACAGAAUGUCCCUUUCUGAGAGAGACGGAGAAGAAGAAGAAGAAGAAAAUUGUCCGACCUUUCACCCCCGUCUACAACGGCCUGCUGUCGGAAAAGCAUCCGGAAGCCCAUUUCGACUCUAUCUUCCGGCAGCUAUGCGCCCUCAACUGGUUCUUGGAAGCUUUGACGCUGGAUUCCGGCUGCAGCAUGAAACCUGUGAUCACAUGCUGGCAUCCCAGGCACUACGGCGGUGCAAAAAGUUCCUUGAAAGUCAUCGCGAAAGAAAAGACGGUGAAGUCUCGAUGGGAGCACUUUCUAUUGCAUGCAAAGGGCAGAAAAUACACCCAGAAAGGACAGUACCGGGGCAAGAAAGUCCCCAAGAGGUCUUCCACCAUGAGCAUCUCCUCUCCCCACAGCAAAACGACCCUCACCAGCACAAGCUCCCUGUCGCCCAUCUACGACGAAGCAGCUCAGCCCCCUUCCGACAGCGCCAAGGAAGGGGAGGAGAUGGAGUCCGUCUUCAGCAAGCAAACCAGGGAGGAAGAGGAGCCGAUGUGUUACCAACUGCAGACGCUGCUUCAGAUGGUGCACGAAGAUGUGGCGAAGAAUUUUAGCAAAGAAAAUAUGUUUUGGAACUUGACGCACGGCUGCUCGCACACCAUAUUGUCGAGGCGCGAGCUGGAGAGCGAAUUUUCGUUUGGGCAGAAGGGCAAAAGCUCAGUUUCGUCCUCGAAGGAAGAGAAGACCAGCACGGGAGCUGCAAAAGAGGAGACUUCAGGGGAGCAGAGGCCAAAGAGUUCGAUGACGGUGACUGUCCGGGAAGAUAAAACGGUGACAGCAACCUACUCAGACGAUGAAACUGACGGCAAACCUCAAAGCCUCUUCCUUAAAAGGAAAGAGCAGACUUUCCAGAACAUGAAGGAUAUCUUCCACGAGGUGGCCCACGAGUCUGCGUUCAGGCUGCAUGAUCAACUGGAUAUCCUAGAGAGGAGGCGAGAAGAGAAGAGCACGAGGAAGUACCUGUGCCUGAGUCGCAUCACCAAGUUCCGAAAAGAUCUCGAGCGGAUGAGGCAGUCGAUGGUGGGGACAGAGCCGGAGCAAGACGCCGAGUCUGAGAACUGGUUCUCCACUUUGCUGGCCAGGAUCCCAGAUGACGUCAAGAGAGACCGGCGUACCCAGAAAGUCCUAAAGAAACUGGAGAGGUUUGCAAGGAAUCCGGACUUGCGCAUCCGACCGCCUACCUUCCUGAAAGUGUUGGGGGAGCUUCGGAUCUGGGAAAUCUGCUCUCCGGACAUCUGCGCGGCUGUGGAGGUAAUUGAGGACGUGGCGGGCUUGGAGCUGCUUCCGUACCACCUCGAGACGAGAACACCUGAGCUUGCUAAAGAACCACCCAAGGCAAAAGGGGGCAAGGGGGGUCUUGGACAGGAGAGGAAUGCUAUUUCCCGUUUGUCUCAAGUGCCUCUGGGUGCGUGAGAACAGAGAACAUCCAACUAGAGAAAUCCAAUACAGUUCCUUUUCACAUAAGUGUUGUGGUCCUGCAGGCUUGUUUUUAGAAGUUGCUCACACACCCCUCUCCUUGGGUACAAGCAAUUAUGGCAGGUGGAGAGGAGGGGGACGACCUUGCAUGGAAAAUGAGCCAGAAGGUCCUCAUGCUUUUUUCCUGUUUAUACACACAAGUCUCUUGAAUCUGCUUUUAGGUUUAAAGGGAAAAGGAAAUUUGGGGGAAGACGAUACACACAUCCCCUACAUUAGCCCUCAAUGGCAUACUUAACUCACUUUGUGCUGGAUUUACUUGUUUAAGACUCACAAGGUAUUGAAGGGAGGUAAAUCUGUGACUAGGAGGGUUUCCUGACCAAAUGACUAGACGAGUGUGAUUUGGAUCUCCAGGGAACAACCGCAGGUCAGAUCCUUGGGUCCAUCUAGCUCAGUAAUGUCCACACUGAUUGGCAGCAGCUCUCCAGAGUUUCAGGCAGGGCCCUACGUGGGAGACAGUUCUGCAGUUGCCCUGCCACUGAGCUACAACCCUCCCCUACUGCUGAACUAGCAGGGUUGCAGGUAGAGGGCUAUAGUAGCAGAGGCAGGGGGGGGACCCUUACCUUCCCCGGAGUCCAGCCUUGUAGCUUGUAAGCCAGAUCUCCCACCAGGGUGACAUUGCAGUAGGAAUGAUGUAUCACUACCAAACCAACCUUACUUGUCCUCCAACCACAAACUUGCUUUGUUUCCGGCAAUUCAAACAAUACCAGUGCCUAUUUCCACCAAUUGCUGCCCGUUCGGCUUCCAGUAACCUGGUAGGAGGACCUGUUCCUUUAAGAGAUCCAUCAAAUAGAUGGCGGUGAAACUAGUGUGGAGCCUAAUUGCUCCUGUUUUUAAAAAGC